AUGUCCGAAACUAACGACAAGAAUGAGAAGCAACUGAUAAGAGAAUCGGCCGAAGAGUCUCUGAAACAGUUGACCGAAGAGUUGGAGAAAUUAUCAUCAAAUGAGUCGACACUGAGAACGGAUGACUCGAAAGAGCGCUGGACUGAAGACAACUGGAGGGAAGAGAUGGCGAAACAUCCCUUCUUCAGCAGCGACGCCAACGUCGGCUACGAGUCGUCGCCACUCGUGGAUGCGAUGAGACAAUUAAAGUACGACAAAGAGUUCAACUCUGCGGAGGAAUUGGUGAACAGCUAUCGAGAGGACGGGAACGAGAAUUUUCGGCGAAAGAAGUAUCGCUGGGCUCUCGACUCGUACACCGAAGCCAUUAAAAUCGACUGCAAAGACGAUAAACUCAAUUCCGUUGUCUAUAACAACAGGUCUUCGGCUCACUAUCACCUCCAGAACUAUAGGUCUUCACUGAACGAUGCCUUAAAAGCCUAUGAAUUGGACUCAAAUAAUACAAAGGCUUUGAUUCGUAUUGUUUUGUGUCAUUUCGAGCUAAAAGAGUACUCAAAGUGUUUGGAGGUUUGUCGAGACAAUGGCCACAAGAAUAUCGAUGUGUUGUCCGAAUACGAGAAGAAGGCGUCCAUUGAAGCGAAAAUAGCGGAAAGAAAUGAAAGGAAAAACAAAACCCAAAGACUUAAACAAAAGCGAACCGAAGAGAAGAUUUUAAGUGUUGUUAACUCGAGAGGCAUUAAAUUUAAGAGUUCUUUGUUUGAGUCAAUACAUCCGGCGGCCCAUGGAAAGCAUGUGACCCUCGAUGAGUCUGGAGGUCUGGUUUGGCCCGUUUUGUUCUUAUAUCCCGAGUACGGACAGUCAGACUUCAUUGAGAAGUUUGCAGAAAACGAUACCUUUUUGCAACACUUGAAUGUCAUGUUUGAAGAGUUUGCCGAAUGGGACCCAAAACACAAAUAUAGACCAAACGAUAUAAUAGCGUGCAUUAAACCAAUCGAGAGGUCGAAAGAGAAGAAGAAUGUGAAGACAAAAGUGGAGAUAUCUUUGGGCGACUGUUUGGCGUGCAGUGGAUGUAUCACUUCGGCGGAAACGGUGCUCAUUGAACAGCAGUCACACGAAGAAGCUUAUUGA